GUCAUUAUGUCUACUUCAAGGCUUAUUGAAUCAUCAACCAUUGCUGGUAGAUCAAUACACAGUACUAGAAUCAACCAGCAAACCACUGUGGAUGCAAAACUCCAUGCAGAUUUUGAGGAAUCAGGUGAAUCAUUUGAUUACUCUAGUUCGGUGCACAUUAGUAGCACCACGGUGGUUGAAGGGGAACCGCCUCGUUCCGAUAAGGUAACCACAACUUACCUCCACCACAUCCAAAAGUGUAAGUUAAUUCAGCCUUUUGGAUGCUUAUUAGCCCUAGAUGACAAGACUUAUAGAGUAAUUGCCUAUAGCGAAAACGCCCCCGAAAUGCUCACAGCUGUGAACCACACAGUGCCCGCCGUCGGUGAGAAUCCAGUUAUCGGUAUGGGAACCGAUGUUAGAACUGUAUUUGCCGGUCCCAGUGCGAAUGCGUUGUUUAAAGCCUUAACAUUUGGGGAGGUAUCUUUACUGAAUCCCAUUGUGGUCCACUGUAAAACAACUGGGAAGCCAUUUUAUGCAAUUAUCCAUCGGGUAACGGGUAGUUUGAUCAUAGAUUUCGAGCCUGUUAUGCCUAAUGAAGCCCCAAUGACAGCUGCGGGUUCCCUACAGUCUUACAAACACGCAGCCAAAGCGAUAGCUAGGUUACAAUCUUUGCCUAUUGGCAGCAUUGAACGACUGUGUGACACGAUGGUCCAGGAGGUUUUCGAGCUCACAGGAUAUGAUCGAGUCAUGGCUUAUAAGUUCCAUGAUGAUGAUCAUGGUGAGGUGGUGGCUGAGAUCACUAAACCGGGGCUCGAACCAUACCUUGGGUUACAUUAUCCUGCCACUGACAUCCCUCAGGCUGCAAGAUUCUUGUUCAUAAAGAAUAAGGUCCGAAUGAUUUGUGAUUGUCGAGCUAAAAAUGUAAAGGUAGUUCAAGACAAGAAGUUACAGUUUGAUUUAACGUUAUGCGGGUCGACCCUCCGGGCUACACAUAGUUGUCAUCUGCAGUAUAUGGAGAACAUGACCUCUACUGCCUCUUUGGUUAUGGCUGUUGUGAUUAAUGAUGCAGAGUGUGAAAACUCUAGUCCUCAAAAAAGGAAGAGGCUUUGGGGCUUGGUGGUGUGUCAUAACACAUCUACAAGAUUUGUCCCAUUUCCAUUGCGUUGUGCGUGCGAGUUUUUAGCACAAGUUUUUGCGGUUCACAUCAGUAAAGAACUAGAACUGGAGCACCAACUUAUGGAGAAUAAUAUCUUAAGAACACAAACGCUUUUAUGUGAUUUGCUAAUGCGGGAUGCUCCUUUAGGUAUUGUGUCACAGAGCCCGAACAUUUCGGAUCUCGUGAAAUGUGAUGGGGCAUGUCUUUUGUAUCAAGAUAAGGUUUACCGAAUGGGGGUGAGCCCUACCGAGUCUCAGAUUCACGAUAUAGUCUCAUGGCUCAAUGAACGCCAUAUGGAUUCAACAGGAUUGAGUACUGAUAGUUUGUAUAAUGCAGGAUAUCCUGGGGCUCUAGCUCUUUGUGGUGUUUGUGGGAUGGCAUCAGUUAAGCUAACUGGAAAAGAUAUUCUUUUUUGGUUUAGAUCCGGCACGGCUUCAGAUGUUCGAUGGGGUGGGGCAAAACGUGAGAAGGGUGAAAAGGAUGAUGGUAGGCGAAUGCACCCGAGGUCUUCGUUUAAAGCUUUCUUGGAAGUUGUGAAACAUAGGAGCAAUCCAUGGAAAGAGUUUGAGAUGGAUGCAAUUCACUCAUUGCAGCUUAUGAUGAGGAAUGCUUUGAAAGAGAAUGAAGCUGCGGUUUUGAACUACUCCAAAGUGAUUCAGGCCAGUUUUCAUGAGCUUAAGCUUGACAGAAUGCAAGAACUAGAAGCUGUCACAAGUGAGAUGGUCCGGUUGAUUAAAACUGCUUCAGUUCCAAUACUUGCAUUCGAUAGUGAUGGCUUGAUAAACGGAUGGAACACAAAAAUUGCUGAGUUGACUGGUUUGACCGUAGAAGAAGCUAUCGGGCGCCAUAUUCUCACACUUGUUGAAGAUUCUUCAGUUGACAUAGUCCAAAAGAUGCUAAGUUUGGCAGUGCAAGGAAAAGAAGAAACAGGUGUCCGAUUUGAAAUCAAAACAUAUGGGUCAAAGACAGGGUCUGGACCGAUCACACUUGUGGUAAAUGCCUGUUCAAGAAUGGAUGUAAACGAAAAUGUUGUGGGUGUAUGUUGUAUUGCCCACGAUAUAACUUACCAAAAGACUAUAAUGGACAAGUUCACACGAAUAGAAGGCGAUUACAAAGCUAUCGUGCAUAGUCCCAACCCACUGAUUCCCCCAAUCUUCGGAACUGAUGAAUUCGGUUGGUGUUCUAAAUGGAACCAAGCCAUGACAGACUUAACAGGACUAUCAAGAGAGCAAGUGAUUGGUAAAAUGCUUUUGGGUGAGGUUUUCGGGAUCCGCGGAGCACAAUGUCGGCUCGGUAGUCAUGAGAUGUUCAUAAACACCAUCAUUGUUCUUAAUAAAGCUAUGCUUAGUCAAGAAGCAGAAAAGAUUUCAUUCGGGUUCUAUGCUAAAACUGGAAAGUAUGUAGAUUGUGUGUUGUGUGCUAGCAAACGCGUGAAUAGUGAGGGUACAGUUAAUGGGCUCUUCUGCUUCUUGCAGCUACCAAGUAAAGAUCUUCAACAAGCUAUCCAUUAUCAAAGAAUGAAUGAGCGAGUUGCAGCCAAACUACUUAAAACAUUAGCGUAUGUAAGAAGACAGGUGAAAAAUCCGCUAUCCGGAAUAUUAUUUUCAAGAAAAAUGAUGGAGGAAACCGAGCUAGGAGAUGAUCAAAAGGAGCUUCUCCGCGCAAGUGCUUUGUGUCAGCAACAACUCAAUAAAGUACUUGAAGACACCGAUCUUGAUGGUAUUGUAGACGGGGAUUUGGAUCUUGAAAUGACUGAGUUUACACUCCAGCAGAUCUUAGGGGCCUCCAUAAGUCAGGUAAUGACAAGGAGCAACAAAAUGGGCAUUCAAAUAGUGAACAAUAUCGCACAAGAUACGUUGUUUGAGAAACUAUACGGGGAUAGUGUGAGGCUUCAGCAGGUUCUUGCAGAAUUCUUGUCACUAUCAGUCUCUUAUACACCACCUAGUGGCAUGGUCAUAAUCGCAGCCAGUAUGACGAAAAACCAUUUUGAAAGAUUAGUUCCACUUGUGAAUCUAGAGCUCAGGAUAACACACACCGGAGAUGGUGUGCCAGAGGACCUGGUAAGACAGAUGUUUGGAAGCAGUGUCGACGCAACUGAGGAGGGAAUAAGCUUACUGAUCAGCAGAAAUCUGUUAAAGCUCAUGAGUGGAGACGUGCAUUACCUGAGGGAGGCCGCAAAGUCGACUUUCAUAAUAUCUGUUGAACUUGCCUCUGUUGGUUCAAAGAAGACAUGAAAAGACUUUUGGUUAUAUUUGCUGCUGCCUUCAAGAACGAGUUUUGGAUGCUAGUUGUCAGUUUCAGUUUGUCUUGUUGAUGACACAUAUGAAAAAUA